AUGCUGGUCUCUAUAUACUGUGUCUCCUUGCUUCCUGUUCCAGAUAACUGGAGUGGUCCCAGAGUCUCCAAUGUCAUCUACCUGGGUGACGUCCUUCACAUUGAGGCUUCUGUUGCCGUUGACAACCACGUGCCCCUGCGGCUCUAUGUCGACAGCUGCAUCGCGACCCUGAGUGGCAACAAGGACUCUGAGCCCAGAUACGCUGUUGUGGACAAGCUUGGCUGUCUGAUGGAUAGCAAGGCUCCAGACUCCUCCUCUUCCUUCACCAGACCUGCUCUGAACAAGCUACGCUUUGAUAUCACUGCUUUCAGGUUCCAGGGGGAUUCCAGGAGUUUGAUCUACAUGACAUGCACACUGAGGGCAGUCAAUGCUGACAAACCAGCUGAUGCCUCCAACAAGGCCUGCUCCUACCAGAAGCAAACCAACAGGUGGGUCUCUGAGGAUGGCUCCUCUGCAGUGUGUGGGUGCUGUGAUGCUGGCUCCUGCUCUGGGACACCCCGGUUCCUCCCUCCUCCUCCCAGGCAGCCUGACUGGAGAGGAAAGUGGCUGCACAAGAGAGCGGCUCCUCUUGAUCCAGCUGGCCAGGACCCCCGAGUGCAUGUAAAGGAGAUCACCAUUGGCCCCCUGACCGUGGUGCAUGUGGCCCGAGACCAUGCUGUCGUGCUCAGUAAGGAGUCCCUGUACCCCCCCCCUCUGCAGCUUGUGGAAGUGCAGG